AUGUUUAACAGAGAGGUGCACAUGGCUUUUCCAUUGAAGUUUACUGUUCUCUUUGUCAUCAAAUUCUGCAUUUUUAGUAUCGUGGAAUGUGCUAACAACAGAAAUAAUGUUAUCAGGCAUUGCAUCGAUAAACAGCCAUGUAUUGGGACUUAUGGAGACAUAUAUAAUGCUUUGGCUUCAGGGGAGAACAGCUAUAACAUUCGAGCAGCAUUGUAUCCAGUAAAGAAGCCUUCUUCUGUACUUGUCUUUGUGAAUGUGUAUGGACCUAAUGGAACACAGAGUCCUAGAUCAAAUGCAGUCAAGUACACUUGGAGUACAAAUUGCCUAUUUGUUGCAUUACCUACAGCUGUCCUGCAGGGCAUGUCUCUUGGCUCAAUAUUAGUGGAUCCUCGCACAGGGCAUCUAGAUAUUACUCUACCAUCCUUUUGCUGUAAAGUUUGUGAGAGCAAUAGAGAAAAGAUGAUUAAGGAUGUUAUAGCUGAGGUAAGUGUAAAUCUGCUGGUGGAUGUGAUUUUCCUUGCUUCAUCUGAGAACAAUAUAGUGAAGGUAUAAGAACUCCUUGUUUGUUUUUUAUUGGACCAUAAUAAUAAAUCAAAGAGUCUCCAAGUCAUAUCUCAUCAAUGAAUUUUUAAACGAAUACAAAAGUUAAUUCACUUAAAAAAUACACAUGCUUACACAGAAUAAUAUAGAGCUAUAGCCAACCUUGAAGUGGACCUGCAGAUGUUAUUUUUCACAUGUCCAAUCACUGAAUGUUAAUCCUUGUGGAAAGGAGCACACACUUGGAUUGGUGGAUUGGAACUUGUUUCCCUCAAAUUCUAUUGAAACCAUAUGAAAAGGAGUCUCAAAAAUAACCAGUACAUAACAUCAAACAGGCCAAAAUGUGAGUGAAUACAUUACUUAAAAUUAAAUUGUUCAGGUGCUUUAAACAGUUGUUUUCUUGAAAAAAGAACUGCAAUUCCUGCUGACCUUAAAAGCAAAAGAUUAGCUCUGCAAUAUGUGAUUUGUGGGGCACAAAAUGGCAAUAGAUAGAGCACCUUACCUUAUAUACUUUUGGCUUCUUCUCAUGGUUGCAUAGAGUUAUUGGAAAAUCAGAAAUAAAAACUUAUUGUGUGAUUUCCAUUUUUGAGAUAAUUUAAGCAGCUUUUCAGCAUAGCUGUUAACAGGGAUGUGUAUUACACUUAUUUAGUUUUCAAAAAGAUGUAUUAACUGUAUAUAUCACUAUUUAUGCUAUGUAAUUUAUAGCUCCAAGACUUGGCAGUGAGUCCAGCAAUACCAGAUCCAAGGCUGAACACAGCUGAAUGUGUCAUUAAGGAUCAUGACCCAAGAGAACUGGAUACAGGACACAGUAAUUUGAUAUAUUCAAUGUUAUUCUGCUCUUUUAUAUCUGUCAUGCUACUUGGUCCAUUACUAGCCCAUUUUAUCUUGGAGUUUUUGAAGAAUUAUCCUGAAAAUACCAACAGUUUUUGUUUUUGGGAGGAAAAGCCUAUAGUUCAUGCAGCAGAUUCAACUGUUUUUGUUAUGCUGCUAAUUGAAAUUCCAUUUAUUAUCUACACUUUUGCUAAAAGUUACAAAACAGAGCUUCCUAUGAUAUUUAUAAUAGUAUUUAUAGGAAUAAUCACUACUGAGGGUCCUGUAAUUGUCUUAAUUUUAAAAUGGAAGAAGUAUAGCCGAGGUAAACCAGGUAUUAACCAGGACACUAAGGGAGACAGCAGUGGUAACCAGGACACUGAGGGAGGUAGCAGUGGCAACCAGGACACUGAGGGAGGCAGUGGUGGUAGCCAGGAUACUGAAGGAGGCAGCAGUGGUAACCAGGACACUGAGGGAGGCAGCAGUGGUGACCAGGACAUUGAGGGAGGCAGCAGUGUUGACCAGGGAGGCAAUGGGGGUAACCAGGGCCAUCAGGAAGGCAAUGGGGGUAUCCAGGGAACUCAGGGUAGAAACCAAGAUACCAUGAAAAGGAACAAAGGAGUUUUCUGCAGUUCAAUCUAUUACAUAUGGGUAAAUUUACUCCUAUACCAUUUUUCCUGGCUGCUUAUAGGCAUAAUGAUAACCCCAACAUGGGGGUUAACUGUUUUUUUGAUAAUCUUGGUAUUUAUCAUCAGCUCUUUUUCUCUGCUGUGGCAUCUUUUUUUGUGUGCAAGUUCUCAAGCAUUUAUAUUCUCUGGGGUUUGUUUCUUUGGCUUUUGUUGUGCUGCUGUUGUUCCAGUUUUAGCAGGGCACUCAUUUUAUGGAAGGGAAACAGCAGAUGAAAUUAUAAAGGUGGCGCUUUUGUAUAUUAUCACUUGCUUGGUUCCCAAGAUACUAAAAUUUUGUGGAUCACUAACCUCCAACCAAGGUGAACCUCCAAAUCCUGCCUCUUCCACUAUCUCUGCCUCGGGGCGCACCACUAACAAGGAUGAGUCUACUGUGCCAAAUGCUCGAACUACCAAGAAUCCUUCCAUUUCCAGAAAAGCUAACGAUGGGUUUGAGCUCCAAAAACUAGGAACACGAGAAGAAGAGCGAGGACGUUUGCUCACGAACACUUAA